AUGGGACCGGCCGACUGGGAACACCUGGUUGAUGUAUGCAUCAACGAGCUUCAAUCCAAUCCACGUCUACGUGUCGUGGACGCGGCUGGCGUCCACGAAGUUGUUAGGACAGUUAUAUUCACCAAAGCUCCUUUAUACCAGCAGCUAGCGCAAAUCAUUGCUGGCAAUCAGGCGAAUCUUUUGGAAGGCCUCCUGGCUCGCGGCCUUCUCGCACAGCAGUCGCAGGCACGUCCAUCGCCCGUCGCCAUUCCCCAACAGCAGCAGCAGCAGAGCCUUACACCUCAGCCAAAAUCACCAAAGGAUCCUCAUGACCGCCAACCGGUGCUUCCUCUCAAGAGGCCGCUGGAACCGCAGGCGACUACCACGCCUCCGGAGGCCAGCAGCCCGAGCGAUGCCGCGGCAACACGCCAACCGGCAGAGCACCGGUCGCCCUCUGUGCAGCCCUCUGAACCUAAGCCUCCAGUUCUUGUCAUUCCACCUAAGCCCCCCGCUAAGCCUCUCAUCCCUGGAGGACCCUGCGAGAACCCGUUCUGCGGAGUGGUUGAGGCCCCGCAGUGGCGACGCAUCGACAGGAAGUUGGUGUGCAAUCGGUGCGGCAUGUACUACCACAGACACGCCCGCUUUCCCGACUGGACGUACUUUAACGGACUUGCGAGCAAGCAAGCGGUUCGGCACGUGGUGGUCCUGCACCGCAACCGUCAGAGCGGAUCUCCAGGACCCUCUUCCGGCUCCACACCACCACCUCAGCCUCAGCCUUCGGCGUCAGCGUCAGCGUCGCAGCUGUCGCCCUCGCCGCAGGAGGCACCGGCGCAGGUGCAGGUUAACAGGAGCGCAACAACCGAAACGCAAGAACAACAACAACAACAACAACAGCCCGGAUUUCAACGCGCCGCCCCAAGCCCAACCCAGCCACAGCCUCAGGCCGCCAAGGGCGCAACGCAACUAGCUACUUCUGGGGCUCAGGAGGUUCCGGGUGCUGUUGACACGGCAGCGGCUGGCAAGGCGGAUUCGGGAGGUAGCACCGCCAUCAACAACAUUGUCGGCAAUGCAGGCACUGUCCACGUGAACACCACCGCCACCACCACGGAGCCCGGCACGGGUGCUGGUCUAGGCGGACGCAGCAGCGUGGAUACUGGAAGUGGAAAUGGAAGCAGGAGUAGCAACGACGGCAAGAACAACGGCGCUGCGACUGCUGCUGUCGCGGCUGCGCCACCAGCAGCGCCCGCCGCGCAUGGUCAUGGCAAUGGUAACGGUAACAGCGGCGGCAGCAACGGCAACAACAGCAGCAGCGGCAGUGGCCCCUCUGCUGCGCGUCUAGCUCCUCCCUCACGGCAUAUCCUGGAUCAAGAUGUCAUCCUCAAAGUGCUCACCAAGCAGUACGACCAUCUGGAACCGUCCAUUGUACGACGCGUCCAUGCGUUACUAGAGCAGCUGCAGCAGGAGCAGCAGCAACAACAACAACAGCAGCAGCAGCAACAGCAACAACUGCAGCAGCUCUUGUUACAGCACCUGCAGCAACAACAGCAAAGGCAGGUACAAGCGAGUGCGAGCGCGGACCAGGACGGCAAGGUCGCUGCGUGUUUUGGGGAGGCGGUGCCGCCGGGCAGCACUAGGGAGGGCGAACGCGCUUCGGCGUCAGCGAAUAAGAGACCUCCUCCGCCUGGCGACGGUAUCGCGGGUAAGCGGCCCGUGCAGGGCCUAUCUCAACCGGCUCAGCAGCUGCAGCAGCAACAACAACAGCAACAACAGCAACAGCAACAACAGCAACAGCAGCAGCAGCAGCAACAACAGCAGCAGCAACAACAACAGCGGCAACAGCAACAACAGCAGCAGCAGCAGCGCUCAGGAAGGGAAUUUGGGCUGCUGGCAGCCGCCGCGGCGGCGGGUGCAGGCGCAAGUUCAGCAGACGCGAGCGCGGACGACCUCCCACGGCAGGCCGGGCGCCUUCCCAGCCGGGAUGUUCAGGCUGCCGCAGCCGUCGCCCGCCUUCAACAACACCUUCAACAGCAGCAGCAGCAGAGGAUUAUGGACAGCGCAGUUGGCACCUCCGGGAGCUGUAGCGGUGCCUUGCGGCCUGCAGGUUGGGAGGCAGGCUGCACAGUUGCUGCUGCUGCUGCGGCUGGGGUCCGGAGGCCACAAGGCCCGGCCCGGCCCGGCCCGGGUCGAGACGCGGGUCCGGGGCCCGGGUCUGGGUUGUCUUCGAAGGCGGCGAAUGUCUCCAUGGAAGCUCACGAGGCAAUGAUGGGCGGCCAGCGACGCAGUCCCCGCCCUGCACAGGCAGGGAUGGCAUCCGCGGAUGCUCAGGGCUCUUUCGAGCCGCGGCCAGCGAAACGCCUGAAGGCGGCUACUGGGCGGCGACCGAGCAAAGAGGUGGAGGUACAGGACAUGGGCGUGGAGAAACAGCAGUCUCAGGAGCAGCAAAAGCAGCAGCAUCCUCAGGAGCUUUUGCUGGCCCAUGUGUUGGCCGCAAUGUUGCAACGCAGCAAACAAGCGGGGGUGGCUUCACAAGAGCAGCCGCAGCAGCAGCAACGGGUGCAGGAGCAGCAGCUUCAAGAGCAGCAGCGGCGGCAUCGGCAGCAGCAGCAGCAACAGCAACAACAACAACAACGAUCGGUUCCACAGCAGAGACACCAACAAACGUUGCAGCAGCAGCAACAACAACAACAACAACAACAACAACAACAACAACAACAACAACAACAACAACAACAACAACAACAACAACAACAACAGCAGCAGCAACAACAGCAGCAGCAGCAGCGGCAGGAGGUACCAAUGGGGGCCGCUUCCGCGGAUGCCGGAUCUCGACCCGCUCGAUCGCUGUUGGAGACGAUUGCGCACGCUGCGCAGCAACAGGAGUUGCAGCAGAAGGCAUUGGCGCCUCGGCACCAACAGCAGCAGCGGCAGCAAGAGCAGCAGCAGCGACAACGGGAUGCACAUACCGUCCGCCGUCGUGCCAGCGGCGGCGAAGACCUUGACACCUCCGAGCUGCGACACGAGUACAUGGACUGGGCCUAUAGAGGCGGCGAUGACGGUGGGGGGUAUGACACGGUGCCUGCCGGCGGCGGCGGACGUGGCUUUGGAGGCGCUGGAGGGGGAGGAGGCGGAAUUUUGAUGCGUGACCUCCAGCACCGGGCAUUUUUGGUUCAGCAGCAACAGAGGACGAGUGGCGGUAACGGCUACAAUGCAGCUGCCGCAGCAGCGGUCGCAACAGCAGCUGGCCGCGCGUCGGCGUCGGCGUCCGAGUCGCAGGGACGCCAAGCGGGCAUGCCGUACUCUGCCAUCAGCGAUCAGUUCGACAUGACGCGUCAUUACAACCAAGGCAUGCCGUACAAGAUUGUUGGCAACAUUGUUGCGACGACCGGAUCGUCAGGGGCGCCGCGCGGCACGCCACGGGCCAGGUGUGUGUCUGACAGCGCCGCCGCCACCGCUGCACCGCCGUCGGAUCCGGAACCUUCAGACCCGCAGGGGCCGACCCGUGGGACGUCCUACGUGGACAACCUUCUGGAUAUGCUCCUCAUUCGAGGGGUGGCAGGAAAGGCGUUAAAACCGCUUCUGCAGCAGCACCAACAUCAACAGCAGCAUCUCCAUCAUCAUCAUCAACAGCAGCAGCCGCAGUACCCGCAUCCGGGGCAGCUGCAACUGGCCCCCAGGGAGUCUAGUCAGGGGGCAGGCUACACUCCGCAUGCCGGGUUGGGCGGUGGGGCCGUUUCGGGCGUACGGCAAGUUGCGCCGGGGACUGGCGGCGCCGGGCCGAUGCUGUUGCCGGUGCUUGACUUGGGCAAGCCGCCCACGGCGCUGGCGUUUUAG